UUGACUGGUUCUAUCCGCAUUUUGUGGCUGGAGCUCAUUCACCAGCGUCCCUCGAAGUCUGACGAGCACACGCUCCGCGUCCCUAGUGCACCUAAGCUUAAAGUACCAAAGCAUUUCCCAUCACAGGCUUUCGAGCUCGUCUAGUUCUGUGCUUGUCUAGUUGUAGUUGGAUCCGAGAGUUUCUUACCCUCCUGUAGAGGCGUCUCAGUUCAGCAGUUCAGCUCCACAGGGUCUCGUCGACUGCCUAUUCGUGCAAACACUAGGUACCGAAAGACUAGGUGGUGAACAAGAAAUUUAGCUGGUGUUUCUAUCUCGAAACCUUCAUCCUAUUACAACAUCAACCCCGCAGUGAGCGGUGAAGAGUCGCAAGCUGCAGCCAAUUUUUUCUGUAGUGUCAUCGAAGAUCUACUUGCACCACGCUACUCGUUGCCUUCCGGACCCUAACACGGCGCACAGACCUAGUGGUGCGGUUUGCGGCCGCCAUAGAGCGAUUCUCACCAGCACGCUUUCUUGCCGUUCUAUUUUAGCACACUGCCAUCACCGUAUUCUAGAAGCAACCGUCACCACUAAAUCCUAGAAGUACUCGUCACCACAUCAUCAUAGAAGCAAGUUCUCAUGGCGUCGCUCUGUUUCUCGUCAACUAUCAGCCAGCUUCUUCCCCCGGAGGUCUCCGCCUACCGGUUACGUUCUUCUCCCCACGCCUCCCAUUUCCGCCUAACCUCGCCGGGCCUCCUCGGUCGUUUCACCCUCCGCUACCCGUCAUCGCCAUUGAACUUCAAUCCACUAUGCUUAUCCCCGUUACAAGCUUCCUCGACUCGUUAUCGACCCACUAGCUGCAUCAGCUGUAGCUUAGGAGAUGACAAAGCUAGUAGAACAGGUCAGACAGGGAACUCCGGCAAUCCCGAUGGAGGCCAUACCGCAUCCAACGUUAACCCGUUUGAGUCGGCUCAAAAGGCACCAGCGUUUCCCCGUCCUCUCGCGCUCACUUCAGCGGCAGCCAUAAGCGCGGCCCUCGCGCUCUCCGCUCUUCCUGCUCUGGCCGCUGACGUCACGUCCUUCGAAUCGCUUCCACAGGUGGAAUCCGUAUCUUUCCGCGAUGCUUCCGCUCAGGAAAAGGGCGUGAUCCUCGCUUCGUCGUCGCUCACGGCACCUUCACUAGACCGUUCCAGCGAGUUAACUCCAUCUAUGCCAACUCCGACUUCAUCAAAUUCGUUAUUAUCACCCGCAUAUCCCGCUUCGUCAUCUCUCGCUAUAGCCGUUUCCGAGGCAGAAUCUGCUCCAGGAGCACCCUCGAUACUAGACAGCGCGGUUACAGUCACACUUUCCGGUAGUGUCUCCGACGCGUCGAAGUCGGGCCCGAUAUUACAGCUGGCUUCACGCGAAGCCGCCUCUCGCGGCAUGGUCAACACGUGUACAAACCUCCUUGCCGCUUGCGUUCUGCUGGUCUGGUUCCAGCGAGUCGGCACCCUCCCACCUUCCACAGCCGACGUGCUAGCUCAGGUGUCGAAUCGGGUGCUCAUCCCGUGCUUCCUAGCUGUACACGUGGCAUCCGCCGUCUCAUCCGCUCCCGAAUCAGUGCUCUCCUCCCUGCCGCUCAUUGCAUUCGCACAGCUUCUGUGUGCAGCCUCCUUGGGUCACCUCGCUCGCACCCACGCCCACCAAUCCUCCUCAUCAUCGCCAUCCUCAUCCCCUCCCCCCUUCCCGUUGUCCUCUCUAUUCUCCUCCUCACUGCUUCCCCGGCCGCCUCAUCUCUCUUCACGCCCCUCCACCGCUCUGCACCAGCUCGCUGCUUCUAUCGCCUCCACCCUCUCCCCCCUGGACCAUCCAACCACCGAAGCAGCUGCCGACCCAAGCCAGCGCCAGCAGCAAGCAGAAGCAGCAGUAGUAACACCGUUGGAUGCGGGCCUGACAGGGGGGUUGGCUGGGAGGGGGCUGAUGCUGCUGCUGCUGCUCGCGAUGACGGUUUCCAGUGAGGCUUGUGGUGACAGCCUGGCAGCGGGACAACUGGCGCUGCUCGCUGUGGGAUGGGGGCCGGCUCUAUAUAUCCUCGCCUACAACGCUCUGCUUUGGACGGAGAGCCGAACGCUGGAGAGCCGAGCGCCAGCUGUAGAGGGUACCAGCAGAGCCGGUGGGAAGGCUGAGACUGGGCCAAACGCUUCUUCAACCCACUCUCUGCCCUCCGGCUUCUUCAGCCCUCCCGUCCUUGGAGUGCUAGCAGGCUUUCUCAUCGGCGCCACGCCGCUCAGCCAUCUCCUCCAGCUGCCAGGUGGCAGCGACGGAUUGGCCGCCACGAGCAGUCUUUUGAUCGACAGCGGAUCCCUGAUGGCAUGGCUGGAGUGGCAGGCUGAAGAGAUGGCGGGAUGCAUGCACUGCUUCAUGGAGGCUGCAUCGUUCCUUGGGUCUGCUGCCCUGCCACUGCACCUCAUGGCUCUAGUCUCGUCCCUGGCCUCUCUCGAGCCACAUCAAAGCCAGCAGCAGGAGCUGCCUGUGCCUCUCGCCUCCUCACUCGCCUCCUCCCUAGAGGCACCUCACAGUCAGCAUCAGCAGCAAGCCGUGCUGUCACCCGUCAAGGCAACUUGCACCAGUGAUGCUGUGUCGACACCAGAGCUGCCCUUUUAGUUCUGACACCUUAUGACUUUUACCUUGCCUCCUCCGAGGCAGCAGCAGCAGCAGCAGCAAGCUGUACCGUCACAUGCCAAGGCAACUCGCCCCAGAGAUCCUGCUUCUGCUCCAGAGCUGCCCUUUGUAGUGAUGUGCUGCGACACAUGGUCGCAUCACAAGCACAUUGCGCUGUAGUGGCGCCCUCGUGCUACACUGUGUAUCUAACCAAGCCUACUCUCCAGCCACCAAGACGCAGCAAGAAGCAUGGCAAGCAGUACUUGGUCACAGUGGGAUUUCGGCUGUUUCAGCAGCAUGGAUUGACAAUGCGGAUUAUUUUCCCGAAGACCGGUAUACCCGAGGUUGCAUCGGAUGCACCGUGGAACAAAUGGAGAGCAC